AUGAAUGUUAGUGUUGUUAAAUUGUGUGUACGUGAAGGCAUUAGCAUAGUACCUAGGUUGUCUUCAACACUUAUACAAAUCAACCUUUAUAUUAAACAGGCUCAUUGUGCUUCGACUCUGAAAGCUCCUGAAAACGAACGACUGAAGCCAAGAACUAUCUACUCCGAUGGAACGACAUCCAUCUCUGACGAGCAUUGCAAUCAAGAAUCGCCUGCAGGACUUUUACCAAUUCCCGUAAUUAACACCUGCAAAAAACUGCGCAUCCUUCAUAAAAUUCCAUCUUUACGUGUUCCUGCAGAAAUAGAACAACAAGCAGGUGUGUACGAGCUUGGAAAUGUCAAACCAGAGAAUAAGAAGAUUGUCACUGUCCGCUCAAUCUAUAAGAAAAAUCAGAAUGGAAAGAAGAACGUUUGCAAGCUUGGCAAAAAAUUAGCAUAUUCAGAGGUAAAUCAAUCUUCAGAACCCUUUAGGGUGACCCAGAUUCAUCCCCAAACAUCCCAGCAUCCUUGCGCAAGAGUACGUCUGAUGAUUCAUAAAAAUAAUAAUAAAACUUGAGUACGAUUCAAGAAUUACACAAAUUGCAUGUGCUCCUAAACAUACGUCAGCAGGUGGGUUCGAGAUUGAACGCACCUCCUCGUAGCCAAUAGGAAUGCCGCUAAUACACUACAUAUGAGAUAAAAUUGAUAAUAUCAAUUUAAUUUUAUGCUAGAAUUUCCAUAACUAGUAAACGAACCAUUUCUAAGCACAUCAUCAUCUAUUCAGGUAUUCAACCUUCCUUUUCACUCCACACUCAAGCCUGUACCAUCGCCAGAUGAGUCGUUUCAACCGAAGCCCUCGAGUUCACGCCAGCCUCCUCCACCAGUGCCAUGUGACAUUAGUUCACUCCGCCCUCUAACACCUGUACCGUCUCCAUCACCUGAACCGUCUGAUUCAUCAUAUGAUCGACCUUCCUGUUGUCCUUUACGAAGUGUAACUUUCAACACUACUUCUUCCGAUAAUUUCCAAGAUUGUUUUCAAUCGUCGAGUGCAUCAUCAUCAAGUGACACGACGGUUUCUCUGAAAAAGAACCAGCGGUUUGUUUCGGAUGUAGUCAAGACUCAAGAGACUGAGGACGAGGCUCGCGGCGAUAGUACUCGAGUAAGAGCAUUAGCGAAGGUGAGUUUCGAACAAUGUGAGCAGGGCUUUUUUAACUAUAUCACUAGGGAGGGGGGCAAAGCCCUCCCAGCCCCCAUGGUGACCCCCAGUCAACGAUUUUGCCCCCCCCCCUCUCCCCCAGUCAAGUUCCUUUUCUCUAAAAUAUAAGCAAAAUAUUGGAAGAAAAAUUGAAUCUGGAAUGGAGGUUUGAUAUUCUGGUAACUGAACCUUGCUUUUUGAAUCUUAUGGCACGUCUUUUAUCUUUAGAUCCAUGGCUAUGGAGCCUCGUUUCCGUGAUUGAGACAUUGGUUUUAGAACUCCUAAUUCCUGUUACUGAUGACAUAAUCACAAAUAGAUCUUUUAUAUUCACUAAUAUAAUUGUAUGGUUUCGUAAAUAUGUCAUCUAUAAUAAAAUAAAAUUAAUAGGGUCUUCAUCCAAUACCUCAAUUACGAAAACGAGGCUCUAUAGAUUGAUAAUAUUGAAUUUUGCCAAAUGCUGGAAUUCUUUUACUCAUAAACGAGUCAUUUCUAAGCACGUCAUCAUCUAUUCGUCUAUUCAGGUAUUCAACCUUCAUCUUAACUCCACACUCAAGCCUGUGCCAUCGCCAGAUGACAUUAGUUCACUCCGCCCUCUAACACCUGUACCGUCUCCAUCACCUGAACCGUCUGAUUCAUCACAUGAUCGACCUUCUUGUUGUCCUUUGCGAAGUGUAACUUUCAACACCACUUCUUCCGAUGAUUUCCAAGAUUGUUUUCAAUCAUUGAGUGCAUCAUCAUCAAGUGACACGACGGUUUCUCUGAAAACAAACAAGCAGUUUGUUUCGGAUGUAGUGAAGACUCAAGAGACUGAGAACGAGGCUCGUGGCGACAGUUCUCGAGUUAGAGCAUUAGCGAUGGUGAGUCUCGACCACUUCAAAGCUGAUCGUACUCUCAACAAUUUCUCUUUUCUCGAACCAGUGUAGUGCAAAUGAUAAAUGGACUGAAUUCACGAAGUCUGAAUCUUAAUCUGAAAAUUGUUUAAUUUUUAAAAAAAUUUUGUUCAUUUAAUAUAUUAUACACCCAGGAGGAUUUUAUUUUCAAGAUUUGAAGAUCGAAAAGCUUCAUUGAAUAGCCAGGCGCAUACCGAACUUUUAACGUACUUUGAGCUGUUUUAGAAUCGCUAUAAUGAAUGAAGUUUGUUACAGUUUGUAUGCAUGAGAUAAUUUACGGAUCUUUAUGGUUCCAAGACAACGACACAAUCUUGAUUUUUCUAGAGUUCUACACAUGAGUUAUUAAUGCAUGUAUUACUUGAAAUGGAACAGUGUUUAAUUUGUCGGUGGAGUCUGGGAUCGACUUAGCAUUGUAAUAAUAAAAACUGACUUUCCUCUUAACAUUUUCACCAGACACUGAACGCAAUAUCUAACAGUACCACAAAUAUUGUUUAUUUUACUCAACAUGUUAGAGGAUGAAACCAUCGAAGGAUAAAUUAAAACGAUCUCUUCCACCAUCAAUCAAAUGGAAUGGUCUAUGUGUCUUUGACAGUGGUUAUCCCAGUUUAAUGGUUGGUGAUCGUAUUAAGUCUGCGUCAGAGGACGAGGAAUUCUGGGAGAAAAGAUUGGCCAAUGUUGUUCAAACAUCGCCAGUGAAACGUCAUGGUAUGUUGUAACAACAUUGCAACACAAUAUUUUGUGUUUUAAUUGCUUACUAGCUGGCACAUAAAUACUAGGGAUUCCCUGAAACUUCUCAAGGCCUGGUUCUUCGCGAGAAAUUGCGUCUGCGAAAUUUGAUUCUAUUGAAUGUUCCACUUUUUUCUCUUUCGCAGUGAGUCGAUUAGCUGAUUUCUGCUCACUGGCGAAGCGAAAUUUUUUCUCGAGAAGCCUAAUUUUAUUAUCUUUACAACUUACAAGUGCGCAUGCAUCUAAUUCAUUUCGCACGAAAUUUUUCGCAUUUCGCCAAUGAAAAGCGCGCGUGGAAUCAGACCUUCAUCAUAACUCACAAGGAAAAUAGAGUGCUCCAGAAAAGUGAAAGUUCCAUAGACAACUUCACAAUAAAGACAGAUUGCGGUUUAGAUAUCCCCUUAAGCCGUUUUUCACUAGGCGUAAUUUUCACCGCGCGGAGCGGAAUUUCUCUUUGUCUUGUGAUUUCUCGGGUGGAACUAAUUAGAAAUUGGACAAUUAGAAAUUCCGCUCCGCGCGAAAAUUCCGUGAAUAGUAUGUCUUCGCGCUUGUGGUGCCCUUGCUUUGCGCAUGCUCCAGGACACUGCACAGCAUCCUAUUAUUUUAACUCUCAGGCGCUGUCUUGCUGUCUUUGCUUAUACAGCCAUCAACUGAAUCACAAACCGUUUACAAUACAUUGUUUCCAAAUCAUUUAGUAUUUGGCCUUGACAUUCCGCACAAGCACGAUCUCAUAUCUGCUCAAGAGUUGUAUCAAGAUUUCAAUGCGAAUGAAGUCGAUGUUUAUUUGAAAGAACGACGUGAACAGGUAGAUGCAUAUCACCUACGAAGGAUGCUGAUUGACGGCAAUAAUUAG